AUUGUCACGCUUGCAUCGGUCGUCGUCCAUUUUUCGACGGAAAGAAAAACUGACAAAUUAAAUCGCAAAAAGACAGUAAAACUUACAAAUCAAACGAUUUGUAGAGUUACAAUAAUCGCUAUUCAGCACAGUGCAUUUCAGUGGCCUUUGAAAUACUGCUCAAAACCAGAUAAGCAAUAGAAAAUACAUAUAGCUUUUACAACUAAUCUAAAACUGAAACUAAAACGUUCGUGCGCACAAUAAAAAAAAAUAAAUAAGUAAAUAAAGCGCGUGUGAAGUGGUGCAGAAAUCGCAGCGGAAGUUUAAAGAAACAAAAGAAAUACAAAUUAAUCUGAAACCUAACUCUGUUAACAGUGUGGCAAUAAACCAACCCUAGCACCUAACAUAUAAAUAUAUAUUUGUUAUAUAUAGCCUUUUAUUAUUGCAAUGGCAUGUGCAACACUUAAACGCGCCUUGGACUGGGAGUCCCUUAAUCAGCGUCCCACAAAACGCCGACGCUGCAAUCCUUUUGGCCAGGCAGGCGCCGCUGGCAGCAACUCUCCCUCACGCGAUGGAGCCUCUAGCUCCACGGCCACAAAUCGUUAUGCCAAAGACAGUAACGAGCCCAGCCCAUUUCUGGAGACCACACUUGCCAAGAUGUCCUCAGAUAAAAUGGCUGAGAAUUUGUGCAAUGAAAUCAAAAGACUGCACAAGCGCAAGCAGCUGCCAAUAACAAGUGGCGCCUUGGAACGCAUGCAGGACUCUGAAUCGAGUGGCUCUGAAAUGGGACCGGAGAGUCCACAUCGCCCGGACAGUCCGCCCAGUCAGUUUAUGCUGCGUCAGCAUGGCGAGAAGGCAUUGUUUACAUUCAAACAGGUGCAGCUCAUCUGCGAGGGCAUGAUCAAGGAGCGUGAGGAUCAACUGCGCGAACGCUACGAGUCCGUUCUGACCACCAAGCUGGCUGAGCAAUAUGAUGCCUUCGUUAAAUUCACAUAUGACCAGAUACAGCGCCGCUAUGAGGCAGCGCCCAGCUAUUUGUCGUAAGGCACACAGCACGGAUUAACCUCAAUAAAAAAAAAAUAAACACCAAGAUCUUAUGCGACGGUAUCUCUCGGCCCCAUAAAGAGAGAGAGAGUAGACAAGGAGUAAAAACAACAUAGAAGCCCUCAUUUAAAAAACAAACAAAUCAUACUACAUUUGUUUAUUAUAUAUUUUGAAAUACGAAAGAGUUAUAGUUUAAAACUAGCAUUACUUAUAUAAAAAAUAAUGUAUUGAAAAAAAAAAGUAAAGAAUGCCUGCAAACUAAGCCAAGUUUAUGCAAAUGCCUAAACAUUGUUACAUCUACGUUUUCAUAUAACGAAAAUUCUAAAUAUAAAUGACAAAUAUUCUAUAUAUAGUACGCAUGUAACUUACAACGCUAAUAACGGUGCAACAAACAAAUCCAUAACAUACAAAAUAACUCACACAAUUCAAAGAAACCUCAACAGUAGCUUACAGUAAAAA